GUUAUGGAAAACGAUACAACAAGAAGAGGAGCGAAGGGAGCAAAGUCGGGGGCGUUAGAACAAGGUGUCGCGACGAGUCAGCAGGAGAGCGCCGCGCGUGAAUGUCGCGAACGAAUCCCUGCCUCUGCUCCUUCCCCGAACAUUACAUCCCCUGUUUUCGUCUCUAACCCCUCCUCCUUCACCACCCCCAUUAGAUUUUCGCUUUAGCUUUCCUCCCUCCCUCUCUCUCUCUCUCUCUCUCUCUCUCUCUCUCUCUCUGAUUCACAUUUCCUUAAUAAUUAUCUCGUGAAAUCCACCACCUUUUCCAUCGGACCAAGAUCUUUUCCCCCAUUGAAUUCUCCCAUACCAACUUGGGUUUCCAUUGGUUUCGUUUGUUCCUGCAGAAUCGGGCACUGUUCCGGGUCGAAUCGACUCCAUCUCCUCCCCAAAAGGAGCAUCCAACCGGAAGAGCCGCCAAAUGGCCGAACCGCCACAGAAACCGGUACUCCAGAAGCCGCCGGGCUACAGGGACCCGAGCGUCCCCGUCCAACCGCCCCCAAGACAGCCGUUCCGGAAACCGGUCAUGCCGCCUUCAAUGUACCCAAGGAAGAAGCGCCGGGGCUGUUGCCGCGCGUGUUGUUGCUGCUUCUGCGUCCUCAUAUUCCUCAUCUUCUGCGUCCUCGUAAUAGCUGGCGCAGCAUUUUAUAUCUGGUUCGGCCCGAAAAUCCCGGUUUUCCACCUCCAGUCGUUCGAGAUCCCCCGGUUCAAUGUGACCGUCAAGCCAGACGGCACUUACCUCAACGCCCGGACCGUGGCGAGGGUCGAAGCCAAGAAUCCGAACGAGAAGCUGGGGUUGUACUACGGCGGGACCAACGUGGACAUCAGCCUCGGGCAGGACAAGGGGAUCGGGAUGGGGUCCGCAAGCCUGCCCGGGUUCAGCCAGGGAAAGAAGAACGUGACGAGUUUGAAAGUGGCGACGGAGGUGCGCGACGAGGUGGUGGAGGACGGGAUGGGCGCGGGGCUGAGGUCCGGCUACCGGAGCAAGAGCUUGGUGGUGAAGGUGGAGGUCCGGACGAGCGUGGGGGCGAACAUAGAGGGGUGGAAGGUGGGGAGGGUUGGGGUGACUCUCGAGUGUGGGGAUGUGACAAUAAAGGAUUUGGAGGGUGGGGACAUGCCCAAAUGCAAAAUUAAAUUGCUCCAUUGGAUUACCCUUCAAUGACACGAUUGUUGUCGUGUGGAGAACAAAGAAAAAACAAAGACCUGAUCGAAUUUGACGACAACAAUUUGGUGACCCCUUGCUGAACACGCCGCUGAUUCUAAUGUUACUUUUGACCGCAAUAACAGUAACACAGCCCUUUAAUUUUUCCUUUUCAAAUGUUUUCUCCUUACAUACGAAAGAAAAAAAAAAUGAAGUCAGAGGCUCCCGCAUGAGGUCUGAAGGCUCGAAGGUGGUGGGUUAUGUAUGUGUCUCAGCCCUUCGUCUCCUUCUGAUGUAAUUGACUGCACAUAGCGAGCUCUCUUCUCCUAUUUGUAUAUUUGGUCUGUCAAUACGGACCCCGUAUGUUUUAUUUGACUGUUUUUUUUUUAUAAA